AUUCCGGUCCGUUAUUUAGCCAGAGAUUCCCAUUGUUGUUGGUCCAACAUCGUCUAUGCGUGUUGUUCAUGGUUUUACACAUGAAAACGUUCAUCUUUUGUUCCGUGUUUAUGGUCUAGACGUCACAGGCCUAGCAGUCUCGUGGUUUAGAGUUUAAACCAUAAAGUUAUCCGGAACUGGGCUUUUUUCCUUCCUUUACCCAAGGCAGGAUUUCAUUCCAGGGCUGUAGUCGUCUUCUCAAAUUACAACAUCCGCAUUAAACGCUCUCUUCAAGGGGAAUGGCGUCCACUGUCCCGGUUCUUCUGAUCCUGUUUGCGGGAAUAUUCACGGCGACAGUCGCUGAUGAUGACUGCAAGAGCUACUUCACCAGCAAUGGUGUUCUUAAGCCGUCCAUUGAUUGCAGCUUUUUAUCAUUCUGCUGUGGGACGUGUGAUGACCGAUACUGCUGCUCCAAUCCACUGAAGAAGUUAUCCGAGGAUGAACAAGACGACUGUUUUUUCAACGAUAAUAAGUAUGUCGCUAUUGGUGUGACAAUAUCGGGGCUUGUGAUCCUCAUCAUUAUGUUCAUCGUCUGCUGCGUCUGCCCCUGCUGCUGCCUCUACAAAAUGUGCAGAAAACCCAGACCUGUUAUGGGGGCAACAACUACAACUACAGUCAUAUCCACACAAUACCCUCAGCAGCCGGUUGUCCACGGAAGUCAGUACCCUCCGUACCAGCCCAUAAUACCACCCCAGUCUGGGUUCGGCGGGGCACCAGGAUAUGGAGGGAAGCCCAUGCCGACUGGACCAUAUCAGGGACAGCCAUACGUAGCGGGACCCCCACCCCCAUAUCAGGAGGCUGGAGGCCCAGGAUAUCCUGCUCCCUACAGCCAGGCUGCGUAUGACGGUGGGCAGGCCGCCUACCCCAUGCAACCACCAGCUCAGCCUGGUUUCACUCACCCUCCCCCACCAACAAACUACAGCUCGACUCAACCAGCAUACAACCCCGCCUAUGUGGAGCCACCAAAGACCGGUUACUAAACCACAAGCUGGGUUGUUGAUGGUAAUGCAGUUCUCCAUGAUCAGAUCUCUUACAAUUGUGCAUUGUACAGCUACUGUGGACAGCAUAUUCUAAUUGGGUCAGGAAUAAAAUGAUCGGUGUUUGUUGUCAUGAUCGCUGUAAAGUCUUCUUGCGUGCCAGCAUCUUUUUGCUUACACUUGCCUUUUACACUUCAUUUUAUAUAAAUAUAUAUUUUAUCUUCUGUGACUCUAAGCCAUAUUAGUUUUUCGUUUUGUUUGCGUGUGCAAAAGGGAAUAUCUUUGGUUUUUCAUCUUGAAAUGCCGUUAAGACGUCUAAAAGAUCGUCAGCUUAAUUUUAUCUUGGGAAUUUGCACAAAAUACUGACACUAUCGGUUGGUGAAUAUGAACCACAGCAGCAUGUUGUUUAGAUGUUUUCACAAUUUAUGGUACCAUUCAGGUUUAUGCAUCUGUGAAUGUUUGUAACAUUGUUCUCAUGCACAGAUCCAGAAUAUGCCUUAUUUAUGCAGCAAAUUACACGUGGACAAUAACUACAACAUUAUCACUGUGUGUUUGGAUAAUUAUAUGGAAUUUGGGAUCUGUUUGUUGCAGAAAUUCUGCGUUUGUGAAGGAGGCGUCAACACAUUUUAUAAAUUUCCCUCUCACUUUCCUUGAGUUUUUGGAAAAGCAUUUGAAUGUCACUGUGUGAGGAAGAAUGUCCAUAAUCUGUUCUGACUGGAAGACAAAUGACUUCAUCAAUUUAAACAAUAAAAGUCACUCGAGGUCAGAAAGAGGGUGAAAUUCUAAGAUGUUGUUUGACUGCUAUGUUUAGUUCUGUGGAAAGUCGACACGCUCUUCCGAGUUAUGAAGUAAGCUCACAUUUUAUCGUUCCUCUCUGUACAAUCUUCCACAGAUUCCUGUUGGGUGUGUCGGGUCAUAUUUUUGGAUGUUUGUAACUGUAUUAAAUGUUCAACUAAUCAGUGUUUUAUGUUUACUCAAGCAUCUCCAUGUUUGCAACUGCAAAUAAAAAGAAAUUGUGCUGGAA